CAGAAGGUCCCUGCAAAAAGGGUACUGCUCUUCAUCUUCGUAGUCCACAGUCAAUAUCCAAACCCUUCUGAAACCUAAACGGAAAUGCCCGCCAGCCCAAGCUCUAAUUUUAAUCCCAUUCCCAUCUCGCCAUGUAUUGCAAACCCAAUUCCCCAAGCCUAGACCCCAAGCCCCAAAUCCACCAACCAUGUCCACGCCUCGCCCAUCCUGGACCAUCGACCCGGACCUCGACACCAUCGACCUUGAACCCGAAGACUUUGCCGCCUCUCUUCCCAUCAAGAAAGUCCCAGCCGGCGACGUCUUCGAGGCCUCCCGUGCCGGCGACGUCGAUAGGCUCCGGUACCUGCUGGAGUCGGGGGUGAAUGUGAACGCGCGGGACCAAUGGGACUCGGUGGCACUCUACUACGCCUGCCUCGCCGGCCAUCUCGAUGCUGCGCGAAUGCUACUCGAGAGCGGCGCGAUAUGCUCGGAGCAUACCUUUGAUGGCGAUCGCUGCCACUACGCAGCGCUAAAUUUGAAGGUUCGAAAGCUGUUGAAGGCCUUCGAGGCGCGGCCUCCGCCUUUGGGGCCGUUACAGGGGGCGCUGAGAGAGACUUUCUUAGGGUGCGCCGCAAAUCGGAUUUACAGUGAAGAAUUGGAGGGGCAAUUUCAAAAUUCAGGCCUUUCAUCCAAUGGGGGACUCAAUAGGGAUCACUUUCCUCCAGAUGUGGCAUUUUAUGUCCAAGGAAGACCUAUUGAAGUUCACAGGAUCAUCCUAAGUGCUCGGUCACCAUUCUUUAAAAGAAAAUUUGAGAGUGAUUGGAAAGAUCGAACAGAAGUAAGAUUCUCAAGGGAAAAAUUGUCUUAUCCUGCUCUAUACAGCCUUAUCCACUUCUUUUAUUCUGAUAGAUUAGAUAUUGCAGUAGAUGACAUGGAAGAUCUUGUGAGAAUCUGCAAGGUUUGCAAAUGUGAAGCAUUACAAAGGGUCCUAGAGAAAGAAUUAAUUCACCAAAAAUAUGCAGAGUACAAAGCACUGAGAGAUGUAGACAACUCUCAGAAACGAUUUAUCUUACAGGGCCUUUCCCUUCCUGAGGAAGACCGGCUUCCUGCUGCCUUGCAUCGUAUCCUUCAAAUAUCCCUUGCCAAGUCCAACCAGGAACAUAACCUAGAGAAUGGUGUUAGUAAAUUAGUAUCUUGUGUUGGUGCAAUGAAAAUGGGUGGUUCUGAUGAUCAUGCAGAUGUUUGUAUAAAAGUUGACAAAAAGGUCUUUCGUUGCCACCAAGUGGUUUUAGCAGCAAGAUCAGAGUACUUUAAAGCAAGGUUAUCCCGUAUGAAGGAUUUUCUUGAAGGAAUAAAUGGGUUGCCAAAUUAUACUCUUCCAUGUCUUGAAGAACAUGACUUGAGCAUGGAGGCAUUUGAGAAAAUUAUUGAGUAUAUGUAUACUGAUGGUUUGAAGGAUAUGGACCCUGAUCAGGCAGAAGAAUUGUUUGAUGCUGCUUCAAGGUAUUUGUUGUUUCCUCUUAAGCGUGCUGUUGCUGAUGCGCUGAUGCCACAUCUGGAAAUGGUUCCACCGGCAGAGUUAUGCCAUUGGCUGAUAUUAUCAGACAUGUAUGGGGUUCUGAAGAUAAGGGAAUAUUGCCUGGAUGUGAUAGCAUGUAACUUUGAGACAUUUGCUGAUGCUCCAGAGUUCAGAGCAAUGCUCUUGACCCUUCCACCUCCAUCAGGAGAUUCCUCGCUACGUACCACUGUUCCAAGUGCUCCAGGAGCUGGGAUGAAUACAGACCAAGGAAAUCUUCUUGAUGAUUUGCGAGAGAAAUGGCUUGAGGCUGAAGCUGCUGAGCUUGAUAAGAGAGAUGAAAGUGCAUUGCAAUUUGAUAAGCGCCUAGAGAUGCUUGUGGUUGUAGCAGAACAAGAAAAUUCUGCUACUCACUGAUGAUAUUCAUGACUGCUCCAGAUGAGCUAUCUUUUCCCCCUCAUCUCUAUCCACAAUAGUGAAAACCAAAAAAUGCAAAUGUAAUUUUUUUUUCCUGAUAUAUAUAAAUAAAUACCCUUUGUUGUAGUAGCACAAAUUUGUAACAGGAAAUGGAAAUUUUGAUUGAACAGCCUCUGAGUGCUUCAGUUGGGUUUUUGUUAGUUUCUUCA